AUGUCGCAGCACAAUAUUACUCUUGCUUCAGAGCAGCAGCAGCAGCAAACUGCUCUCCCCGUGCCCCAAAAUUUGCAUCCAUCUGUCCCCAAACAACGGAUAAGGCCGCCGGUAGGAGGUAAUAGAGCCGUUCUCUUCGUGUUCGGUUAUGCCGGGCUGGAAAACAUGGCGUUCAUAGCCAACGCGUUGAGCAUCUUCAUCUACUUGACCUCCGACAUGAACUUCAGCCUGACCAAGUCCGCCACCGCGGUCACCAACUUCAUGGCCACGGCCUACCUCCUCGCCCUAUUUGGCGGCUUCCUCUCCGACACCUACCUCUCCCGUUACGCCACGUGCCUUCUCUUCGGCGUGAUCGAAGUCUUUGGGUACUCCCUGUUGGCAGUCCAGGCCCACUUACCUCAGCUCCGGCCCAAUCCAUGCCAACCCAACACCACCACCACCACGGCGGCCCAGUGUGAGCCCGCCAACGGGGCCCAAUCUGCGUUUCUGUUGGUCGGGCUCUACUCGGUCGCGAUAGGCGCCGGCGGGGUGAAGGCGGCUCUGCCGCCGUUCGGGGCCGACCAGUUCGACGCCAGGGACCCGAAAGAAGCGGCUCGGCUAGCCAGCUUCUUCAACUGGUAUUUUGUCAGCUGUACGGUGGCGGCGGCGGUUGGGGUGACGCUGAUCGCGUGGGUGUUUGCCAACCAUGGUUGGGACUUGGGGUUUGGAAUCUGUGGGUUGGCUGUGCUGUGCGGCGUCGUUCUGGUUUUGUUUGGGAGGCCUUUCUAUCGAAUCGAUGCUCCGGAGGGAAGCCCCUACGUUAGAGUUGCACAGGUGUUUGUGGCCGCUGUUCGAAACAGGAAGCUUCCAACACCAAAGAUGGAUGAUGUGUUGUUCGAGAGCGUGGAGAAAUGUGGAGAAGAUGGGAGUAAUGGUGAAAUUCUUGGUAGGACUGAUCAAUUCAGGUUCUUGGACAAGGCGGCGAUUAUAAAAACCAUGAAGGACGAAAGUUUUGCAAACCCAACAACUCAAAAUACAUGGAGACUAUGCCCAGUGACACAAGUGGAAGAAACCAAAAUCCUGAUUCGGAUGCUGCCAAUUAUUCUGUGCACAUUAUUCGCCAACACAUGUGUAGCCCAACAACAAACUUUCACGGUGCAACAGAGCCGCACCAUGGAUCGGAACCUCCUCGGGUUCCAAGUCCCUGCUUCCUCCAUCCCUGUAAUUCCCCUGAUUUUCAUGUCCGUUCUGGCCUCAGUUUAUGAUCGCUUCUUCGUCCCACUUGCCCGCAAAUUCACCGGAAUCCCCACCGGCAUUCGACACCUCCACCGAAUCGGUCUCGGCCUUGUCCUCUCCGUUGUCUCCAUGGCGGUCUCUGCCGUAGUGGAGGCCAAGCGGAAGCGCGUGGCGGCCCAACAUGACAUGGUGGACUCGGUGCUUCCUCUGCCGUACAGCGUGUUCUGGCUGGGAUUCCAGUACGCCAUCGCCGGAGCAUCCGAUCUGUUCACGCUGGUGGGAAUGAUGGAGUUUUUCUACUCGGAAAGCGCCGUCGGCAUGAAGGGAUUGGGCGCCGGCAUCACUCUGUCGUCGUUGGCGUUCGGGUUUUACCUGAGCUCGGUGGUGGUUCGAGUUGUGAACGAAGUCAGCGGCGGCUGGUUGGCCAGCAAUAAUCUGAAUCGCGACAAGCUGGACUAUUUCUAUUGGCUGCUAUCGGGGCUCGGCGUCGUGAACUUCAUGGUUUAUUUGUUCUGUGCCUAUUCCUAUAGGUACAAGAAGGUGGAAUUCGUUGAGAAGCAAAAUGGAGAAAAGGAUGAAGAAACGUGA